AUGCGAGAAAUAGAGGCAUAUGGACCUAUGGCCUGUAUAUUUCAAGAAUUUCGAAUUGAGGAGGACUCUGUGAUGUUUGUAAUAAAUCUAACAGUUCUCCUUGACUGUCUCACAAUAUUUAGUGCAAGUUCCCUGCCAGGAGUGACAACAGCCCUGAGGAUGUGUUAUCGUGGAUACGGAUAUCCAUUGACACUGUUUCUGGAGGAGAGUGGUGUGGUAACUGUCUGUAAGAUUCAGACUCAGGAACCAGAGGAAACUCUUGACUUUGACUUCUGUAGCACAAAUGUUGUAAAUAAAAUAAUUCUGCAAUCAGAGAGCCUUCGGGAGGCUUUUGCUGAGCUCGAUAUGAGCAGUGAGGUGCUACAGAUCACAAUGUCUCCAGAAAAACCCAAUUUCAGGUACUGAAUUAACUUCAAACUCAAAUAGGCCUUAACAAAGGCGCGUCAUAAUCUGUGUCUGACAUUCUUCAACGUUCUAACUUUUACAUUUUGCUCAGGAGGAAGCUUUUCAGCCCUCACUACAAGAAGUAGAAAUAGGAGUAGGCUGUUCAGCCCCUCAAGACUGCUAUGCCAUUCCUUAGGAUAAUGGCUAAUUCAGCAUUUCUCAUAUCCAUCUUCCUGCCAUUUCCCCAUAACCCUUGAUUCCCUGACCUAUCUUGGCCUUAAAUAUGUACAAGGACCCUACUCCCACAGCUCUCCAUGGCAAUGAGUUCCAAAGACUAUCAACCCUCUGAGAGAAGAACUUCCUCGUCAUCUCAGUUUUAAAUUGGUGCCCCUUUAUUCUGAGACUAUAUGGUCUGGUCUUCGACUCUCCGAAGAGGGGAAACAUCUUCUCAGCAUUAACCCUGUCAAGCCCCUUAAGAAUCCUCUAUUUUCAAUGAGAUUCUCUCUCAUUCUUCUAAACUCCAGUGGGAAAAGUACCGACCUAUUCUUGUA